AUGGCAUUGGGAAGUAUUUGCUGGCGCUGGAUCAGGCUAAGGCCUUUGAUUGGGUGGACCACGAGUACCUCUGGCGUCUCCUUUGACCAGUAUGGCCUGGAAGGGAGGUUCAUUGAAUGGCUAAAGACAUUGUACAAAGGGGCAGAGAGCUUCAUGCUGGUUAACGGUUGGGUUGGGCAGCCUUUCAGGGUAGGCUCAGGGGUGCGCCAGGGGUGUCCGCUGAGCCCCUUGCUUUAUGCUUUUGCCAUCGACCCCUUCAUCAGGAGGCUAGAUGGCGGGGUUUUGGCUGGGGUGCUGGUUGGGGCGCAACUGGUGAGCCGCCUUUGA